CCAAAGUUCAUAUGCAAAAAAGUAUUUUGGGAAGAAUGCUUGUCACCUACUCCUCUCAAGUUCCCACACCCUUUCUGCACUCCUCUGGAUCACAAAACUCUGUGUGAGUGCGAGUGUGUGUGUGUGUGUGUGUGUGUGUGAGAGAGAGAGAGAGAGAGACAGGAAGAGAAAGAGAGAUUUGAUCUUUGUUGAUUGGUCUGCUCUGUUUUUGUUAAUGGAGGAGAGACGCAAGUGUAAACUAUGUUCUAAAGUUUUCGCCAAUGGCAAAGCUUUGGGUGGUCACAUCAGGUGUCACUUAGCCAUUUUACCGAUUCCUCCAAAAACCCAACAACUCAGUGACCCUUCUGACUCAGCUUCGUCUCUUUCUUCUUCAGACCAAGAACAGAGAGAAAGUGAAGAGAAAGCUCUGUUUCAUGGGUUGAAAGAAAAAAACCCAAAGAAAAGUCCACUUGUUCAAGACAGAGAAAGCAAGACCGAGUUGUCAAGAAACCCAACUCGCCCGCGAUCCAAGCGGACUCGGAAGAUGGGUUUUGCAGAACAUCAAGGAUUGAAAAAACCCAAUUCAACUGAGUCAGUGGCCGAGUUGGAACCAGUGAGUUCGGUCUCUGAUACGUCCCCUGAAGAAGACGUUGCUCUGUCUCUCAUGAUGCUUUCGAGAGACACUUGGAUGAGUUCGGAUGAGUUGGGACCGAGUCGGACUCGCGAGAAAGUGUUGAGAACGAAUCACAGAAAGGUCAAAAGUUGCUUUAAUGGCAAUGAAGAUGACAAUUGUGAUCAGAGACUUCAUGAGUGUCCGAUUUGUUACAGAGUAUUUGGGUCGGGACAAGCACUUGGUGGGCACAAGAGAUCACACUUGUUGAUUUCGUCAUCAUCAAACUCUGCUAAAUUUGGUGACUGUUUGGUUGAUAAGAAAGGUGGUAGAAAAUUUGGAGACAGUUUGAUAGAUCUCAAUAUGCCAGCUCCACUGGAAGACGAGGAUUUUAGCCAACAUCAUGAGGUCUCAGCAGUUUCCGAUCCUGAAUUCAUCAAUCCCAUCAAACGUGGACACUAUUGUAGCCUUUGACAUUAUAAAAAGGUUAAAUUUUUAAUCUUUAAUUUUAAUUUUAAUUUUUUUUAUAAAUAUUUUUGGCUUGUGGUUGUGAUUUGAGA